GCGGACACUAGCGGCAUCAACCCAAACACCAUGGUGCAUGCCGCGCUGUUGAUAUACUCGCGAGAAGCUGACGUCCUGUUUUUUCAGAGAUGGCCUUCGCACUGCUACAUCCUAGAAGUCGCCUAGGAUGAGGCUCAAGAGGAUCACUCCCAGGACGUGCCUUUGGCCGUUGGUCGGGUGUCUCGUCGCUACAUUCGCACUCAGUCUGGGUCUCACGUACAGAUCAAAUCACCACUGCUACGCCGGAACGUGCGGAGAGACACUGUUUCCCUUCCAAGCCCGGCUUCAUGUCGUCGUUUGGUAUGCCUGGGUUUCUCUUUCGGUCGCUGUUUUGGCAUUUCGCGCCUUCAGACCGGCGGUCCAUGGAUUCCUUCGCACGCAACUCGGAUUCCAGGUCCCAAUUCUCGGUAAACAGGUACGCAUCAGUGGGAUACUCAUCGUGCUAUGGGUGCUUGGACUCUAUGGAAUACUCAUCGGAGUGUGGUGGAUCAGACUCCGGGACUACUUUCAAGACCGCGGCGAGGGUUUACCGGGCAACAAUGUUGUGGCAGCCGUUGCAUUGACUGGACAUCUUGCCGAUGUGACCAUGGGCAUGGUCCUCCUGCCUGUAUCAAGAAACUCGGCGCUCGGAUCGUUCUUCAAGCUCUCACCGACGACGACCUUCACCUUUCACAUGAUCCAAGCGUACACGCUGUUUGGCCUGGUCAUGACACACGGAAUACUGUACGCAGUCUGGGUCGGCAUCUUCAACCAGCACCGACUGCGGAUCAAGCCAGUCUUCCCGGUCUUGAAUCCAACCUACGUGUUCAACGAAGUGUGGCCUGGUAACUCCUCAUCACUGGGGAUCUGGAAGGCAUCUUUGAUCUUUACAGGCUGCAUCUCCGGGAUCAUAAUGAUCAUGAUUUUCUGCACGAGCUUUCCACCCAUACGCCGCAAGCAUUUCAAUCUCUUCUACUUUACCCAUCUGCUCAGCAUCCCGGCCGUCAUUGUCAUCUGCCUCCACGCAAGCACAAUGUUCUACUGCACGAUACCAGGGCUGUCAAUGUGGCUCUUGGACUGGGGGAUGAGACUGUACGAUCUGAGUGGGAAGAUAGAUAGCAGACUGGAGCAUCUUGGGCGAGGUUGGUAUCGCCUCACGCUCCCACUCUCACGGAAACGGCUCACAGGGUGUGCGUGCCACUCCCCGCUCGCACAUUUCUACGUCCACCACUCCGACUCGUCGAUCCGCGAACUGCAUCCCUUCACGACAAUCACGCAUCUCGCCUCGCAGGAGCGGAUCGUACACGAAGGCGAGUCCUCGCUGAGCAUACAGUUUCUCUUCCGCAAGAGCGUCUCGGCACCGCUGGAGACGCUGACACCGGGGUCAGCGAAAAGACACAGCUAUCCGCAGUGGACAGCAAAGCUCGCAUCGCUUACCGCCAAUGAUGGCGAGGCAGCGAAUGGUGGAGACGUAGAGCGCUCGAACCCAGCGUCUCAGUCCAGAGACCCAACCCGACGAUCUUCAGUGUCGAGCACCACUCCAUUGAACCUGCGCCUCGAAGGCCCGUAUUUCACAAUGGCUACGCCGAGCAGAUACACUGCAGUGCUAUGUCUCGUUGCGGGCACCGGUCUCAGCGGCGCACUCGCAAUCGCCGCAGCCUUCAAAGCCGAAUGGGACGGCCCGUCGCAAUCAAACUGCGCCGUCGGAGGACAAGCAAUUCCCAGCGGAAGCAAAGAGUCGAGCGAUACAUGUGCGAUGGGCGCCCAAGCCCCCAUAGCGCCGAAAUGGAGGACAUGCAAGAUAGCAUGGAGUGUGCGAGAGGCCGACUACGUCGACAUGCCCAUGUUCUCAGAUCUCAAAUGCCCCGGACUCUCCAUCGAGGCACACCAGACAGGCACCGGACGGCCUCGACUGGAUAUCGCGCGCACUCUUCACGACGUGUGCAACGCAUCCGCAUCCGCAUCCGCACCCGACCCGAGCGCCGUUCCGGAGAAGCCACGGUCGAUCCGCAAGGAGAUUCGGAAGUCGCUCACGCCAUCUACGACGCACGAACGCAGCACCUGGGUCUAUAUCUCCGGGCCUGGGGGCUUCAUCGAUGCCGCAGAGGCCGAGUGCAGGAAGAUCGACGGGCUGGACUGGUUCGCGGCGCGCUGGGAUUGAUUGUCUUGGA